ACAGCGUGCCGAUCGACCAUGUCGAAGCGAGGAAGGGGAGGAUCGGCUGGGAACAAGUUCAGGAUGUCGCUGGGUCUCCCAGUGGCAGCUACUGUGAACUGCGCAGACAACACGGGAGCCAAGAAUCUCUACAUAAUAUCAGUCAAAGGAAUCAAAGGACGCCUGAACAGAUUGCCGUCUGCCUGCGUCGGCGACAUGGUAAUGGCCACCGUCAAGAAAGGAAAGCCCGAUCUCAGGAAGAAAGUUAUGCCAGCUGUCAUCGUCCGCCAACGCAAACCCUGGCGCCGAAAGGACGGCGUCUACAUGUACUUUGAAGAUAACGCGGGUGUGAUCGUCAACCCUAAGGGAGAAAUGAAAGGAUCUGCUAUAACUGGGCCGAUUGGAAAGGAGUGUGCUGAUCUGUGGCCAAGAAUCGCAAGUGCUGCCAAUGCUAUUGUCUGAGCUUGAAUUUCAACUCAUUUUCUGUUGUUAGUAAAUUGUUUUUUGUUUGGAAGAGAAUUUUGGUUUAUGUUUUUGAAACUAUUAAUUCUGAUUUUCAUUUUGUUUAGCUAUACUUGUUAUAGAAUGUGGUGCUGAGGAUUAAUUUUCUAA